UAAGAUUUUCGUAGUGUUUCUUCGUUUGUGUUAAAGAAAUUUUUUUCUAGUGUAUUAUUAUUUUGUGUUUAGGCCUAAGUGAAAGAAAUUUUCUAGUCAAAAACAAAAACAAACAAAAUCCUAAGAAAAACAAUUCUUUUUAAAACGUGCUAAUAAAUUUAUUCGCGCUGUACUCUCAUCCGUUAACACUGUUCCCGGGGGCAGCUGCUGCAAGUAUCACCGCCUCUUCUACCCCUAUCAAUGAUAUUAUUGUACCAACUCCGAUAACAAGUGGUAGUGUUGUUGCUGCUGCCGCCGCCGCCGCUCAUGCAGCCAGUCUAUGGAGUACAGCGGUAGUAAACAAUGUGGGUCCUGCCGCUCCUACUUCAUCCUCAUCAUCAACAACACCACCACCAAAUAACAGUUUUGGUAUAAUAACAUCACAGUCUGCAGCAGUUGAUAAUUCAUCAGUUUGUACCACCUCCGGGAUGUUAUCAGCAGCGGCUGUUGCCGCCGCACAAGCAGCUAGUUUAGGUUAUAGCACAACCACUUCAAUGCAUCAUCAUCAUCACCAUCAUCAUAAUGCUACGGUAGUAGCUGCAGCAACACCCCCAUAUAGUCCACCUCCAAGGCAUCAUAGUCCGUUACCAAGUUUUGGUUUUACACAGGAGCAAGUUGCAUGUGUUUGUGAGGUACUUCAACAAGCUGGAAAUGUUGAACGAUUGGGUCGAUUUUUAUGGUCGUUACCCUCAUGUGAUAAACUACAUAAUAAUGAAUCCGUCCUAAAAGCAAAAGCGAUUGUCGCAUUCCAUAGAGGGAAUUUCAAAGAAUUAUAUCGAAUAUUAGAAUCACAUUCAUUUAGUCCUCACAAUCAUACAAAAUUACAAGCAUUAUGGUUAAAAGCACAUUAUGUAGAAGCUGAAAGACUACGGGGAAGACCACUAGGUGCUGUUGGGAAGUAUCGUGUUCGUCGAAAGUUUCCAUUACCACGUACUAUAUGGGAUGGUGAAGAAACUAGUUAUUGUUUUAAAGAGAAAUCACGCAGUGUAUUAAGGGAUUGGUACACACAUAAUCCAUAUCCAAGUCCACGGGAAAAACGUGAAUUAGCUGAAGCAACGGGAUUAACUACCACACAAGUAUCAAAUUGGUUUAAAAAUCGUCGACAACGUGAUAGGGCUGCUGAGCAUAAAGACAGUGGAUCAGGGCCAUCGGAUCGACCACAUUUAGAUUCCAGUGGAUCAGAUAGUGAAUCAGAAUCAGCUCAAACAUCACAUAAAAAUUCAAAUAGUGGUAACAUCACCACUCCAUAUUCAAGUGGUCCAGUGGGAGCAACAACACAGAUAAGUUAUGCAGCUCUAGGUCCUAGUGGACCAAUCGGGCAAGCAUUGGGACAAUCUAUGUAUACCACGGGGUCAGCAGUGCUUCAUGAUUAUCAGACAUUGUGACAGUGGUUACAAAACAGUGGCUAUAAUGAGUAAAAGAAAUGUAUAUUAAAAAAAAAAUUGUCAAUCAUUUUUUAGUGUUGGAUCUUUUAAAAAAAAUUAUAGAAGGAGAGCUGAUUGUUGUAAACACGCCUUAAUAAUACUAAACUUUAAUUUUUAUAAAGCAAUAUUUCUUAUGUGUUUACCAAACAUAUACAUGGGUCAAAUUCCUUUAAAAAACAUUUUCCGAAAAUGACCAAUUUUCAGCACUUUGACCAACUUUCGGAACUUGUUCAAAGGUACGCUUAAGGCUAGAAUUGAUAAAAAUUAAACCUUAGUGUUAUCAGAGAGCAUCUACUAGAAUCAGC